CAAGAUGGCGGCGAGCUGGAAAGUGAAGUGAGGAUGUCAACAUUCGUGUUUUGACUCGAAACGCGCGGCGUUUUCCUCUCUUGGUGCAGUCGGGGUGGUCGCAGCGUAGCUCACAGGCUGCGCGGCCGCCGAACACACCGCAGUCCGGCCGUUUAAGAGCGCGGCGGCGCCUUUCAGCGCGAUGUUUUGGAAAUCCGUUUUGCGCAAACUCUGACGAGUUUUGCCCAGCCAGCUGUAGCGAGGCAGCUAGCUAGCUGCAUAUGCGCCUAAAGAAAAGCUCUCCGGAACCGUUAGAGCAGCGUUUCGGUGGCUCUUGGAGUUUCUUUAAACACAGUAUUUUUGUCCAAGUAUCGAGCCGUUUCUUUCCUUUGCGGUGUCUUAAUGUAAUGCCGUUGUUUCCGAAUAAAACAGGCGGCUAACAAGUCACGGGUAGCUGCGUGAAAGCUAGCGAGGCUCGGCCAGCAGCUCCCCGAGGAGGAGAGGGGGGUGUGCGGUAGCGAGGGUCGCUUCGAAUCCCGGUGGACCAGCAGUGUCUCUCUGUGGAUGCUGUUUACAUCGUUUGUGCACCUUUUAAGGAGCGAGAAUACAGUCUUAAGGCUUUCAGCCCCUUGUCUGAGAGCGCUGUACCCGUGUGGACACCGUUGUUAGUGACUUACUGGCCAGUUUUGGGGACAGAAGUGUCGAAGUGUCGCCAUGGCUCACUCUCCGGUCCAGGGCGGGCUGCCGGGGAUGCAGAAUUUGAAAGCAGAUCCUGAGCAGUUGUUCACAAAGCUGGAGCGCAUCGGCAAGGGCUCAUUCGGCGAGGUCUUCAAAGGCAUCGACAAUCGCACACAGAAGGUGGUGGCCAUCAAGAUCAUUGACCUGGAGGAGGCGGAGGACGAGAUCGAGGACAUUCAGCAGGAGAUUACUGUCUUAAGCCAGUGCGACAGCCCCUUCAUCACCAAGUAUUACGGAUCCUACCUUAAAGGCACAAAGCUGUGGAUCAUUAUGGAGUAUCUGGGUGGAGGAUCCGCACUGGAUCUGAUGGAGCCUGGUGCUCUGGAUGAGACGCAGAUUGCCACCAUCCUCCGGGAGAUCCUGAAGGGCCUGGAGUACCUGCACUCUGAGAAGAAAAUCCACAGAGACAUCAAAGCGGCCAACGUGCUGCUGUCUGAGCAGGGUGAGGUCAAGCUGGCCGACUUCGGCGUGGCUGGCCAGCUGACGGACACGCAAAUCAAGCGCAACACGUUCGUGGGCACGCCGUUCUGGAUGGCACCCGAGGUCAUCAAACAGUCAGCCUACGACUCAAAGGCUGAUAUCUGGUCUUUAGGCAUCACAGCGAUUGAGCUGGCCAAAGGGGAGCCCCCCCACUCAGACCUGCACCCCAUGAAGGUGCUUUUCCUCAUCCCAAAGAACAACCCACCUACGCUGGAGGGCAACUACAGCAAACCACUCAAAGAGUUUGUGGAAGCCUGCUUGAACAAGGAGCCCAGUUUUAGACCCACAGCCAAAGAGUUGCUGAAGCACAAGCUGAUCGUGCGCCAUGCUAAGAAGACGUCCUACCUGACCGAUCUCAUAGACAGAUACAAGCAGUGGAAGACUGAGCAGUCCCGAGAAGAGUCCAGCUCAGACGAGUCCGACUCGGAGCCGGACGGUCAGGCCUCUGGGGGGAACGAUUUUGGCAGUGAUGAAUGGAUUUUCACCAUUCGGGAAAAAGACCCCAAAAAGCUACAAAACGGUGCCAGUAUUGCAGGAGAGCAGGACACACCUAAGAGGCCACUGUCGCAGAGUCUGUCCACCAUCAUCACUCCUGUCUUAACGGAGCUAAAGGAGAGGGGUGGUGAGGCCAGCGUGAAGCCUGAUGUGUUGGAUGAGUUGGGAGAGGCUAUUUUCCUUGCUGAGGAGGCAUAUCCAGGGAUCUCUGACGUCAUGGUGACCCAGCUCAUACAGAGACUCCAACGGUUCUCUAGGUCAGUGACCUCUUCCUCUUCCCAUCCGUGAUUGGUCCACUGGAUAUGUCCAUCACACUGCAGCCCCCCCCCCCCAAGGCAUCAGCUCAGCGAAUCCCAACACCAGCAGCCUCUGUGACGUCUCCCCUGGAGGACCACUUCGUCCUUCAAUCGCUUCAACAGAAGUUCUCAAGCUCCUCAAGCUUCCUCUGUUUUUCCUCUUUUCUUUUACAAACUCCUGAGAGAGAGAGAGAGAGAGAGAGAGAGAGGGUGUAGAUGGAUGUGAAAGUGUGUGUGUGUGUGUGUGUGUGUGUGUGUGUUAGACUGCAUAGCAAGCUGACUAAAGAGCAGCUGUAGCUCAUUUAGCAGAGAACAGUGUGUGGCGGAGGAUUAGCGCGCUUGCCAAGCGAGCAGCCCAUAACUUCUGGAAGCUUCUGCAGGUGCCAUGACAUCACUGAGCAGAAGCCACUGCUGCAACCCUAAAGAGCACCCAUAAAGAAGUAGCGUGCAUGGCUCUGAACAAACAGCAUGAAUGCAUGUGUGUGGAUGGGCGGCUGCGUAUCUGUAUCUGAGCCCUCGCGCAAAAGGAGAUUGCAGUUGUCUUGCUGAAAUCUCAGGUAACGUGCAUUGAGUGGACACAGGUGUCCAGGAAGACGGAGAGCGCUCGGUUUGGAUUUAUGUACAGACAUGUAUAUAGUCUCAGUUUUACACACCUUUGGAUUAUGGAUUUUUGCAAAUGAAUCACUGUGUACAGAUGGCCACGAGCUUCUGUAGAUAUUGUUAGUUUAAGAACAUUA